AUGCCACAGUCGCAACACCCAGACGGGUUUACGCGCGCCCUGGCCAAAUUCAAGAAGGGUCUCGAUCCAAGAAUUGCCCAUGAUUUUCCCAUCAGUACACUGGAAGAUGUCCGGGAUUUGGCAGACAAAAUUCAGCUUGAGCAGGGACCGCAAGGAAAGCUCCGCCACCUGCAGCGGCUCGAGCCCUUUAUUGAAGCAAUGACCCAGCUUGGUGCGGUUAUUGAGGUUUUCACAAACGCAAGCGAAUUGAUAUGCUUCAUCUGGGGCCCCAUCAAAUUCCUUCUUAUGCUUGCAAAGACGCACCUCGAUUCCCUCAACAAACUCCUCGAGGCGUAUGGAAAGAUUGCUUCCAGCAUUUCCGGCCUGGAACGAUAUAAAGAAGCCUUUCAAAGCCAUCCACCUUUGGCCAAAGUGCUCGAGGACUAUUACUCGGACAUCCUCAACUUCCACGAACGAGCAAUUGAAGUUUUCACACGACCGAACUGGAAGAUGCUCUUUGACGCUGCCUGGAAAAGGUUCGAUUCAAAGUUCGGACCUAUUCUCCAAAGUCUAGAUAGCCGCAGAGCGCUUCUGGACAGUGAAAAGGCAUCGGCGACCCUCUAUGAGAUCCACCAGGCACUGGAGGAGAUCAAAGAAAAUGGCAGAGAACAAGCCGAUAUGAAGAGGCUGGUGGAGGAAAUGAAGCAUGAGCAGCUAAAAGAGCUGAUCAAGAAAAGGUUGGACCCUCCAAACUACCUGCAGCAUCACGAGCAACUUUUGCGAAAAAAGGCCGCCGAUUCAGGGCAGUGGAUCUUCGCAGACCCCAGAUAUCGAGUGUGGCACAACAGCAAUCUUUCUGGGAGCAGGAUACUCUAUGUUCAUGGGAAACCAGGUGGUGGAAAAAGCACCUUGAUGUCCACCGUUAUUGAACGACUAUUGGGUAACAAGACGGCCGGCGCUGCUGUCGCAUUUUUUUACUUCCGUCAGUUACAAGAAGACAAGAACACGUCCAGGGGCAACUUAGACAAUCUCCUGCGCGCACUUCUGUACCAGCUCAUCGAUCAAGACCCUGACCUGACCGAUUCGAUUACCAACAUGUCAAGAAACGACCAACUCCGACUCAGCUCCACAAAGGAAUGGAAGGAUCUCGUUUGCAAAGCUGCAGGAACUCAGGCAACGCUUUACUUGGUUCUUGAUGGGCUGGAUGAGUGCCAAAGUGAGGAAGAAGAAGACAUCAUCGAAUGGCUCUUGGGCCUGAGCCAGUUCGUCCUUGGACUGAGAGUCAUUGUCGCCGGCCAAAGAGACAAUGUCACGGAUAGACUGUUGUCUUCCCAACCAUCAAUAUCUCUUGACACAUCAACCGAGCAUCACCGCGACAUCACGGCUUAUUGUCAAAAGGGUUCUAAGAAAAUAUGCAGAGAUUUCGAUGCGGAACCGUCCUUGGAAAAUACAAUCAUAGAACUUGUUUCCAGAGGAGCCAAAGGCAUGUUUCUUUAUGCAAAGAUAGUCCUCGAACAUCUACUCGACCAAACGUCGGUCCAUGACUUGGAAGAGCAACUGAAGCCAGGGGUCUUUCCUGACAGCCUAGAGGAAGCUUACAAAAAGGUCGAUGAACGUGUGUUUGAGAAGUCUGCCCGACCGAGAAGCGCCGCUGCGAGCGAAAUCUUGAGCUACGUUAUAAGCUGCCAGCGUACGCUCUUCUGGAGGGAGAUACAGGCCUUCUUCUGUAUCGAUGCGUCGAAGGGGGAAGUAGUCCAUAAAAAACUGAUGAUUAAGAGCUACAAGGAGCUCUGUAGCUCUUUCCUGGAUUCAAAUUCUUUGAAUAAGAACUACACUGGGCCCGAGGACGAGGUGGUACUAGUACACGAAACAGCGCGCGAAUUUCUCAUACGGAAGAACAGAGUGAACAUCCAUGGCCUGAAUUCCAGGCUCUCGAUGUUCUGUUUUCAAUACCUCACAUCGCCGCCGUUCACUCUCGGAGUUUCAGACGAAGAUGUGUUGUCGCAUGCCAAAAAGGGAUACUACGCCUUACAAGACUACACAGUCCAGUACUGGUUCGACCAUGUUCUCGAAUGUAUCAACUCCUUUGACCCAAUUUCGGACCGUGACAAGUGCCAGGAGGUUUUCAACCUCGCCCGGAUCUUCCUCAAGUCUUAUGGAAACCGCGAAAAGAUGGCAGAGCUCCUUCAAGCAGAGACUUACACGGAGUUCACUGAUGCAAUGACCCAGUACCUUCCAGCUCAUGGCCGAGAACGCAACUCUUUCCUCUGCAUCGAGAUACGAACAGAGUCGCUUCGACAAAAGAUCGCCAAACUAGACUUUGAAACCUUUACUGUGGAAGAGCAGAGAGUCUUUGGCAAUCUCCACGGGUCCAGAACGUUAUACAAAUGCUCAAAACCCUGGUGUGAAUUGUUCAAGGGGGGACUCGCGAGCGAGGCAAACCGACGAAAGCACAUUGACGAGCACGAAUUUCCACAUCGAUGUGCAUAUCAUGACUGCAUGGGAUUUAAACUGGGAUUCAGUACGGAAGACGAACUUCAGAGGCAUAACACGAAGUGGCAUACUCAGAAAGACGACACCAACAGCUUUCCCAUCUUUCCCAAGCUAAAAUUGUCAUCUAGCAGUGCUGAAGACUCCAUGUCCAGCGAUAUGGAGAGUAGCCUCCACGAAGCGUGUAGAAGAGGCAAUAUUGAGAGAGUUAGGCAGCUUCUGAACUCUGGUACGGGGAAGAAGGAGAUAGACUCUGGUGAAAAAACAGGGUACCCGUGGAGACGGCCACUUGACAUCGCCGCUGAGAUGGGGCGUAAGGAAAUAUGCGAUUUGCUGAUAUCCAACGGUGCGGACGUCGACAUCAGUCAUGGAGCACCACUCCGAGAAGCAGCGAAGGAGGGACAUCUGGCAGUAUGUAAGCUGUUAAUUUCUAACGGUGCGUCCGUCAAUGUCGACGACGGACGACCACUCCGAGAAGCAGCGCGGAAGGGUCAUCUGGAAAUAUGUGAGUUCUUGAUUUCCAAAGGCGCAUUCGUCAACAUCGGCUAUGAAGAACCAUUCCGAGCAGCAGCGGGGAAUGGCCAGCUGGCAAUAUGUGAAUUGUUGAUACAGCGAGGAGCAGAUAUAAAGUCCAUGGGCUGGAUCCAGUCGUUACAUGAUGCAGCACAAAACGGGCACAUUAACAUAAUCGAUCUACUUCUCCACCGGGAGGGCAUAAAACCGAACAAAUCCCUCCAAAGUCCCACGGCGGCAGAAGCGGCAGCUGCCAGAGGUCAAAUUCCGGUAUUACGUUUUAUGCAGGCCUCUGGAAAGGUAGACAUGAGCAUGAGUGUCAACCUCCUUCGAUCAGCUUGCCAAAACAUCUCCACUUCAUCGGACACUGCUCGAUACGUACUGAGUAACGGCCAUGCCGAUCAGGCGGACGAGAAAUGCAUAUGGAUGACUCUGGAUGCUGUGACAGGUAGCCGCACCAAGGAGUUCAUAGACGAAGUCGAAUUUACUUUCGACAUGCUGUUGUCCACGGCGAACCCGGUGCUCAGCGACGUCUUGCGCCUCCGAAAAGAGCUGGGGUAUAAGAGAGAAAUAAGACUAAAGAAGUCAAAGUUCGGCAGUCCCAGAAGGCAUAAGACGAGAAGAGAUCAACCAAGGCAGCAACGGUUGAGGGAGAAACGAAGACCCUUUUUGAUCUCAAUCAUGGAGUACCCGAAAUGGAGGAUCAACGAUUACACUUGGUUCAGAUUUAUGAAGACAAGAAAAGAUUUCGAAAUGGAACUGGACGAUGAGCUUAAAGAAGUCGUCAACAAGUUUGUGAAAAGGAUUGAGGACAAUAGGAGCACGAAAAUUUUUACAGAUGAGCCUGAAGUGGAGGGCAAGGGCGGGCCGAUGGAGACUACGAGAGAGACGGAUGAGAACAUGGAUGAGGAGAUGGAUGAGAAAGACGAUCUGUCUUGAAGGGCACAGGUUCCGUACAUUUUCCGCAUUUGCUUUUGUCUUCGAUCGAUACAUUAUUUUCCGUCGAUUUCCUCACAUGAUAUGACGCUAUCAAAACUCUUCAAGCUUUGUUGGGAAUCUGUAUUAAAUGGUAUACUUCAUCUUCGA